AGGAAAGAAGCGAUCCGUGUGGUGUAAGUGAUGGUGUACUAACAGCGCGGCUAGUUGCGCAGCAGCCGAGCUGUUAGUGCGCAAUUACAUCCGCCGCGGAAUGCGUCCGGGCGGCCUCAGCGCCGAGGAUAGCCGUCUCCUCCCGCGUCUCCUCUCUUUCGCAUGUCCCAUGGACCAACGAUGUGGGAAGAUCGUCUUCUAGACACGCGCAACGUCAGGCCGCAUGGAACACUUAAAAGAUGGGACAGUAUCGCCCGUCGUUGACUGGUGAUUGACCACACGGUUACACACACCUCUUGUACGCGUCGACCUGUCACCAGUGCACCACCAUGCCUUUCACAACCUUCAGCACCGCCGAGAAGUACAGGUACCAAAAUGGCUUCGACAGCCACCUAGAGUCAUCCGCCAUUGACGGUGCCCUCCCCGUAGGCCAGAACUCGCCGCAAAAGCCCGCGCUUGGGCUCUACGCCGAGAAGCUCUCCGGAACCGCCUUCACCGCGCCGCGCCACGAGAACAAGCAGACCUGGCUCUACCGCAUCCUCCCGUCCUGCGCGCACCCACCCUACGCGCCCACGCCCGAGGCGACGACGGAACAAUGGGCCAAGGGGGAGGAGCUCAAGUACAUACCCAACCAGCUCCGCUGGGAUCCCUUUGACCAUGACGAGUCGAAGGACCUUGACUUUGUCUCCGGGCUGAAGCUCGUCGCCGGCGCAGGGGAUCCCGUUCAGAAGCAAGGUCUGGGCAUGUUCAUCUACGCCGCAGGCAAGAGCAUGGACGAGACGUCAGCCUUCUACUCGGCGGACGGCGACCUGCUCAUCGUCGCGCAGGAGGGCGACCUCGACAUCCGCACCGAGUUUGGCUGGCUACUCGUCCGCCCCAUGGAGAUCGCCGUCAUCCCGCGCGGCGUCAAGUACCAGGUCUUCCUCCCCUCGGGCCCCGCGCGCGGCUAUGCCCUCGAGCUAUACCAGGGCCACUUCAAGCUGCCCGAGCUGGGCCCCAUUGGCUCCAACGGCCUCGCCAACGCGCGCGACUUCCAGGUCCCCGUCGCCUGCUUCACAGAGGACGUGGGCAGGACCGCGUCCGAGGGCGGCCGCAAGCACACUGUCACCGUCAAGUUCAACAAUGCCCUCUUUGCGACGACCCAGCCGCACACCCCCUUUGACGUCGUCGCCUGGCACGGCAACUACUACCCCUACAAGUACGACCUGGGCCGGUUCAACACCAUUGGCACCAUCUCCUUUGACCACCCGGACCCGUCCAUCUUCACCGUGCUCUCCGCGCCCUCCCCUCUCCCCGGCACGGCCGUGGCCGACUUUGUCAUCUUCCCUCCGCGCUGGCUCGUGGGCGAGGACACCUUCCGCCCGCCGUACUACCACCGCAACACCAUGUCCGAGUUCAUGGGCCUGAUCACUGGCGGGUACGACGCUAAGCGCGGCGGCUCGGGUGGUUUCGUGCCCGGCGGCGCGUCGCUGCACAAUGUCAUGAGCGGCCACGGACCCGAUGCCGCGAGUCACGAGGGCGCGCGGGGGGCGGAGCUCAAGCCGCAAAAGGUCGGCGAGGGGAGCUGUGCGUUCAUGUUUGAGAGUUGCCUGAUGAUGGGCGUUAGCGAGUGGGGGCUGAGGACGUGCAAGAAGGUGCAGGAGGGAUAUAGCGAGGAGAGCUGGUCCGGCGUCGUGACCCAUUGGCAGGGCGCCAAGGGGCUGGAGAUCAAGUCUCACUUGGUAUAGGUGUUUUGGAAGCGGAAAAUGAAUGUAUAUGUAUUUCAGUCUCUUGACGGGAGAAAUUGGCCCGGUGACAAGCCAGGUGUCGAUGAGUCUCGUACUUGAACAAGGCAGCGUUGAAAAAGCACAGCCUUCCACACUGAAGUCGGAUUCCACCACAUAGUCGUUAUUCCAUUCGCUGAUCAAAGUGUGUGAGGUGUAAUGCCGUUAGUCGCCUAAA